AUGAGAACAUGACAGUUUGACAGUGACAUUGACACUGACAGAAGCUCGCAAUCGCAUGCUGCGCGUCUUGUUGUUGAAAAAAUCGUAUUUAAACCAUUUAAUUUAAUCUCGAACUUAUAUUACUUACAAUAAGCAACAGAAACAUGAGUUCCGAUACAUUAAAUAUAGCUCGGCGAAAGCUCAACGAAGUGCUUGGCGAAAAAUCAACAAAAUACUUCCAUCACAUGAAGCAGUGGUUUCGCAUGAAACUGACUAAAGAAGAAUUCGACACCGAAGCUCGAGCCCUGUUAUCCUCAGACCAAGUCCACUUCCACAACGAGUUCUUACUAGCUUUGUUGAACAAAGUGGAAGGUUUGGCGGAGACAUCUAUUAAUAUCGCGCAGGAGAAAGCGAGCUCCCAUAAUAGGAAUAGUCGUCGGCAUAAGCGAAGUUCGCGUACGUCGGAGAAGUCGAACUUCGAAGCCGCAGAUUUGCUGGAAUAUUUGCCGCCGAACUCCCCGCCUGGUGCGGGCAGCGAUGGGGCUUUGAAAUACGCAGCUCAGGAAAUCUUCCUCCCAGACCAUGCGUUAGUCGUUGGCCGCUUCAUGCUAGCAGCAUGGGAGCUUGGCCUCGAAGGUGCUGACGACGAAGCAGCCGACCUAAUAGUUGUUGCUGUCCAAAACUUCCUUAAGAACAUCAUCUCAGCCGUUGUAACACAAAGGAAAGGGUACAAGCUACGCAAUAAGAACUUUACGUAUGACGUAGGUGGGGAUAUGCCUAAUAUGUGGCUGCGGAAUACAGCAAAGCUGUAUGAUCCUCAGGGUGAUGGAAGAGUGGAGGUUGACGAUGCAGUGGAUGGGUUGGGGCCGCGGUGUCCGCCAACUAUUGAUGAAGUUGAGCAUGCCACCGCUUAUGAGAUUGCUUGCAGUGUGCCAAACCCCUCACCAAACGACGACAAACUAACCAUAGACGAGUUCUACAACACGCUCCUGACACACCGGAACGUGAUAGCCAGUCAUUCAGUAUACGCUGUGAACAUGGAACGACUAGCCGUCAUGCUGAACCAUCCUAGCUAUUGAUGAGGAGAGAAGAUGGCCUCCAUCACGAUCAACGUCUCAAAGGAGCGCAAGAUUGGAUCCUUAGGGGAACCCUAAGACUAUAGAGUGGACUUAAUCAAUGUAUUUUUACUUGAGGAAGCGACGUAAGAGGGCCCUAUGCGUUAAAGAAGAAGAAAGAUAUGAUACGUGUUUUACAGCCCUGUAUAUGAGACGGCAGAUUAAGUUAUGAUUAAAGGAUCCAAAACGGAAAUGAAUGGAAUACCAACCCAUAGAUUACCGAUAAUGACAUCUCACUUCGAUAGAACGCCGUGGCUCACACAGGAUACUGGAUGUGAAGUCGAGUUACCGAUUAAUUAUUUUAAAUAAACGACAUCAACCUUUUUCCAGGCAUAGUACGAUUUAUCGACCACAUACGCGCCAUUUCAAUUUCAACUUUAGCAUUCCGAUUUAAGGUUCAAAUUAGAUUACACUUUCAGGAAAUGUUACUUGUCUUCAAAUGAAUCGUCAAAGCUGAAUUAAUUGGAAUAUAUUUGGAUUUUUUGGGAAAACCUUGUAGAUUAGAUUGGUGCGGCCUGGAAAAGGGUUAAGUAUGAAUCUGUA